AUCAGACACCGCUUGUGUGCGCCGGCAAGUGCGCCAGUGUUGUAAUGGAGGAGACCCGAACUUAACCAAUCUGAGCUAUGACAGCUCGGCACGUGACGCAGAGUGAGUUGCUACUGUGGCUGGACGAGUACACAUCGACAUUUAGCAACAAAAACAAUCGCACUUUUCAGACUGGCAGAAAUUCACUGAAGAUGGAGUUGUUGGCGGAUGUCUCUCUACUUCCAGGAGAAGAUCGAAUUACAGAUCAGGAGAUCAUUUACAUGUGUCCAUUCAAUGGAGCUGUUAAAGGGAAAGUGUUGAUCACCAACUACAGACUCUACUUCAAGAGCUCAGAUACUGAAGUGCCGCUGGCCCUGGACGUUCCUCUGGGCGUCAUAAGUCGAGUGGAGAAGAUGGGUGGAGCGUCGAGCCGUGGAGAAAACUCGUAUGGAUUGGAUAUCACAUGCAAGGACAUGAGGAAUCUGAGGUUCGCUCUGAAGCAGGAAGGCCACAGCAGGAGAGGGAUCUUUGAGAUGAUCUUCAGAUACGCCUUCCCUCUUUCACAUAGUUUGCCUCUUUUUGCUUAUGUGAAUCAGGAAAAGUACACUGAGAACGGCUGGUUGGUCUAUAAAGCUAUGGAGGAGUUUAGGCGUCAGGGCUUACCAAACAACAAAUGGCGUAUUACAUUCAUCAAUAAGAGUUAUGAUCUGUGUGACACCUACCCGACUGUCCUCGCAGUCCCUUUUAAAUCUAAAGAAGAUGACCUGAGAAAAGUGGCCGCCUUCCGGUCAAGAGGACGCAUACCGGUUCUGUCUUGGAUCCACCGAGAAAAUCAGGCAGUGAUUGUUCGCUGCAGUCAGCCCCUCGUUGGAAUGUCUGGUAAAAGAAAUAAAGACGACGAGCGAUACCUGGACCUCAUCAGAGAGGCAAACGACACCACCAAAAAACUCACCAUUUACGACGCCCGGCCCAAUGUCAAUGCGGUCGCAAACAAGGCCACUGGAGGGGGCUAUGAAGGGGACGAGUACCUAAACGCUGAGCUAGUCUUCCUGGACAUCCAGAAUAUUCACGUCAUGAGGGAGUCCCUCAAAAAACUCAAAGAUAUCGUCUACCCAAACGUGGAGGAAUCCCACUGGCUGUCCAGUCUAGAGUCUACACACUGGUUAGAACAUAUUAAGCUGGUGUUGUCGGGAGCCAUCCAAGUGGCAGACAAGGUUUCCAGUGGGAAUUCAGUUCUGGUUCAUUGUAGUGACGGCUGGGACCGGACAGCGCAGCUUACCUCACUGGCUAUGCUGAUGCUGGACAGCCACUAUCGCACGCUAAGGGGCUUCCAGGUCCUGAUUGAAAAGGAAUGGAUCAGCUUUGGCCACAAAUUUGCAUCACGGAUCGGCCACGGUGACAAAAACCACGCAGACCAGGACAGAUCGCCAAUAUUUGUUCAGUUCAUUGAUUGUGUAUGGCAGAUGACCAAACAGUUUCCCACAGCCUUUGAGUUCAAUGAGCAUCUCCUGCUCACAAUCUUGGAUCAUCUGUACAGCUGUCGCUUUGGGACUUUCCUCUACAACUGUGAAAGUAUACGAGACCAGCAGGAGCUGCGAUCGAAGACGGUGUCCCUCUGGUCUCUGGUCAACAGCAAGAUGGAUAUUUAUUUGAACCCAUUCUACACCCCAGAGUCUGGACAGGUUCUCUACCCCGUGGCAAGCAUGCGCCACCUAGAGCUGUGGGUAACCUACUACAUCCGUUGGAACCCACGUAUACGACACCAGCAGCAGAGUCCAGUGGAGCAGCGCUACAAGGAGCUUUUGGCCCUCAGAGAAGAAUACUUGAAGAAACUGGAGCAGCUUCAGUUAUCCGAUUCUUCCUCUCCCUACCAGCUGGCUAACAGCACCACGCCAAACACCACCUCGUCUACAGCCUCCACACCUUCACAGCAGUACACACACCUACAGACUCCGUUUUAAAGCUCAUCCUUCACAGACGAGAGGCAGAACCUCUUUUGGAUUGCACUGUUCAUGUCCUCUUUUAUCAGUGGUCUUCUUUCUUUUUGGUCACAUGCACACACUGCACAGGGAGGGGCUUGGUGUGGUUUUGAAAAUUAUCUUUCAUUUGUACCUAAUAGAAAAGUUGACAAGUUGAAUUAUGCAAUAGCUCUCUAGCGUUUUACCUGAACAUUUUAAACACGCAUAGUACACAGCAAAGCUUUGAAGAAUUUCAAUGCUUGAAGCUUAAGGGCUCAAGAGGACAGGAUGCACACACAGCCACUGCAGGUCAUGUUUGCUAUAGUUUAUUUAAUAUAAACCACCGUUUAACAUUAUUGAGUUCAUCAGAAGUUUGAAUAAUAUAUUAACUGAGAGACUAAGGUGUUUUUUUUUUUUUAAUUUUAUUUUUUUUUGAAGAGGACAAGAGAAUAGACAAUUUAGGAAAACGACUAUUUGGCACCUCGAGUGUUCUCAGGCCAGUUACCAACAAAGAGAACUCAAACUCAGCCUGUCCAGAAAAAUCACUUUCACUUCUACACCCACUUCUCCACCUCAGGCGAACGCAAAAUCAGAAAUUACACUGACGUUAAGAGGCCCAAUCACCUGGCAGCUGUUUGCUUCUACUGAAAGGGAACUAUUGAUGUGCUUUAUCUUUAGGGAUGUUUGAGCUUCCAUUCGGUGAGUCAAACAUAUCGCUGUGAGGUUUCCAUGAACGGCUGCAGACACCUCGGCUGCAGACGGCUGCACAGGUGAUGAGUUUUGUUUUAGUCUGAAAAGGACUCUGCCUGGCUCACUGUAGGGCUUGAGGUCGUGAUUGCAGUCAAAUAUGCUUCGGAAAUUUUUUCUUUUUUUUUUUUUUCUUUUAUUGAAAUUGCAAAAGUUGUAUGUAGAUUUCUGUAAAAUUAACUGAAUAUCUUUUCAAUAAGGGUGUAAUAUUACCAAAUGUGGAUAAAUUGUGCUGUAAAGACUUCAGGCGCUGCAUCUAUCCCUGCUCUGAUCCUGCAGUGGAACGCAUUAAAGCAGCUUAGUUUGCAAAUUUUUCAGAUGAAGACGAAAACUUGGCAACAGAUUUAUUAUGAAUUUAAAUUCAGCUAUUCCUGUGAGGUCGAUACACUCAGGAACUUUUUGCGAUUCUUAUACGAUGUUGAUCAGAGAUGAGUAGUCAUGGAGGAACUGUGUGCCUCUCUCCGCUCUGUAAUAAUGACAGUUCAGUGGAAUGUACUGAUAUGUUGGAUUAAAGGUAAAAACAGGUGUGGGAAAAGAUGUAUUUGCAGUUAAUACCUACAACCAGUAAGCCACAAAAGUAAUUAUAAAUGAGUACAAACCUGGAAGAUGAGUUUCUAAAAAACAAAUCAUUUUGACCAACAGCAGUUCUAGUAUAGUUGAAUAAAAAUAAUAAAACUUUAGAAUUGAAAUGGAAAAAAACAAAGCGAAACCAUACUUGGAAUAAUAAACACUACCCUACAACUUGUAAGCUAAGUUUUAGAUGUUCUGCCAUGAGUCCAGCUGCUGGUGCAGUCAAUGUGUGUCCUUUGAAGAGUUGCUCCACUCAUGUAUCGGAUCAAAUUUAAAGCAGAAACUGGCAAAGAGUGUUUAAAAUGACAAUAUUCAAAAAAACUGUUGUGAAUGUAUUUUAGUAUUGCAUACAGACAACAUGGAGGGAUUGAGUUUGAGGCUCUAGAUGUCAAAUUUAAAAGCUGGAUGGUGAAAUGCAAAUCUUAUGUGGCAGUAUAAAAACAGGUUAAGUGUUUUUAGUUAACUGUUUAGGUUGACUUCCUGGAUAGCAAUAGAACUGAGGCUGGCAGAGGGACUGGAGUGUGCAUUAACUUUGGAAGAGGGGAAAAAAAGAUGUUGAAACAAUAUUGCAUUCAUAUUUCUGUCUUGCAUAGAAAAAAA